AUGUCUCGACCGAUGCCCACAUCAUACUCACCGUCUUCGCAAAAUGACAUCCCGAGCAUUGUUUUCGCCGGCCCAGUCCAACAGGUAUUGGGAGGCCCUUAUCAGGUACCCAAUACACAUGGGACUUCGUAUCCAGUAACGGCAGCUGAUCCCUACGAUACACAGAGAGCGGAUGGAGUCGGCCGGGCUCAACCACGCAGAAGGCCCAGACGUGAUGAGCUUUUUGGUACACGUAAUGGGAAUGAACAAACGUCCUAUGCGUUCAGCGAACAACUGGUUGGUCGUCCUUCACAAAGGAUAUUUUCAUCAACAGGAAAACCAGAUCCAAAAUACAGUAGGACUCAAGAUCAAGAUUCGAUUCUCAUCUCUCCUGAAGAAGCUGCGGGGACCUCCCAGACCUCUACUAGUGGAAGUAGAUUUCCCGGCAAGAUUUUCGAAAUCCUACAGACAAUUCGAAGCUCCGUUAAAAGCCAGACUGCAAGGAUUCGCACACUCAAAUCUCAAGUUUCACUUGUUUCUCCUCUUUCAAAGUCUAACUCCGCAUCUGUCGCACUCAAAGACCCGUCACCAACUUAUAACGAUCCUUCGGUGGACGUUGGACAUACGAUCUAUCCUGCAUCUAACGACGAUGAGUCGACCCGUGGUACCCAUGAUACUAGACGUAGAUUUGCUGGAUUGUCAAAAAGCUUUUUGUCAGCAUGCAGAUCAAAGAGUGCGUUCCUCAGAUCGUCUCAUUCUGGCACAGAGAGAAGGACAUCAACACCAUCAUCCGAGAUAUACCACGAAAAUCCACGAUCACCUUCUGAAAUUGCCCCUGUAACUCGUGGAGUCCUCCCAGAGUAUCAACAAUCCUCAGCUCACUACAGGCGUUCAACUGACAGUAGCUCAUCAAUCUACGGUGAUCAGCCAAGCGAUGAUGGAUCAAUUCACAGCCUGAGGGAUGCCCUUACCUUCGAAGAGUCAGCAACAAAUCCCCAACUACUUGCAUCGCAUCGCCCGGAUCGCCCGGAUUACUCAGAACCCGAACUUCGUUCUCGAGAUACUCUUCGUUUGCCAAUCUAG